UCCUAGAGACAAGGUCACCUAACACAUCAAGUGUAUAAAAAUGGAUCGCACAUGAGUCUAUAUAGAGCUUGGCCAAUUUUAGGCCCUAGAACAACAAGUAUAUAGUAAGAUGUUAAUGUAUUAAAUAUGUGUACUAUACCGUAAUGCGACGAUCUUUAGCAAUUUUAAAUACUAUUCAAAGCACCAAUUUGCAUUUUCCAGGUCGCAAGAGUCACUUGCUAAGCUGGUCACAGAUUAUAAUAUAGUAAGUAUUAUAGAUGUUUUUGGUAAUGAAGUAAAAGUAAAACGAAGGGCAAUCGAGAAAACCUGUCGUCGGCGACAACUCACGAUUGCACUUGCCAUAAGCACUCAAGCCCCUAAGCUAGCUAAAGCAACCUCCACUACCAUUACUAUAAACUCUUCAAAUAAAUCUCUAUAAAUAGAAACACUCAUGAGAUCUCUUAUUUCCUCAUAUACACUCAUACACACCACGUUUACUUUCAAUUUCAGUCUCCCUCCCUCUCCCUUUCUAUUAACUUUCUAUAUAGAAAUUAGUUCCAGUGUUAUUGUAACUGUAAUGGCUAAGUUAUGCUUCUCGCUAUACUUCUUGGUGUUUCUUCUGAUAGCCUCAGCCGCCACCGGAAGCCGUCCUCUUGAGCAGACUCCGGCCGGGCUGAAGGUGAGAGAUUUAAGCCCUUCUACUAAGGCUACGAGCAAGACGGUGGUGGAUGGUGAAGCUACUGGUGGAAGCGGCAUCCAAGGAAAAUCUCCAGAACGUUUAAGCCCUGGAGGAUCUGACCCACAACAUCAUUAGUUAUUUAGGGUUUCCUUUAUAAUUAAGAGCUGUUCUCAAUUUCUUUGAGAUAUGUAUUUCUUAUUAAUACCUUGUUGCAAUGAAUCUGUUUUCUAUCUUUUGUAGUAAAAUUGUGAAUUUGCGUUUGUAAGAUUAUUACAAAAGUAUAACAGAUUUAUCGAUAUAUUAUUCUAAGUUUCGUCAUUGUACACUGGAUAUUCUAAAUUUGGUUAUGUUUACGUUAGAUAUUCCAUAUUAGUAUAUUUCGUUAUGUUUCGACUGCAACAAGGACUGCAUCAUUAUUAUCAUUUACCUUUUCUAUUUCUAUAUAUACUACUUUGUGCCUUUACAAUAUCUAUAGCAAUGCAAGGUAUUAGGUUGAUUUUGAUGGUCGUCCUGCAUGUAUAUGCGAUGCUGUCUUAUGAUUAUAUAGUGUUUAUGUCGAUUGUGACUAGUCUGAUGAAAAGCAAAAGCAAACAGACAAAUACAUCUAACUUUCAACAUAAUAAAAAGUCCAACAAAAUACUUAUUCUUUUGUUUUUUUUAAUCGGCAUAGCAGUAGAAAUGGAAUGAAAGUACGUUUAGAUGUGGUCUCGAUGGCGCGUGCAUAGUAGAAUUUCAUCCAAUAUUAGGUCGCGUUUAAAAUUGAUCGUUAUAAGCUUAUCAAAUACAAGAUUAAUCUGUUGAAGACAAUGAAAUAAAGAAAAAAAUGAAAUAAACAAAAGUUACUUGGCUGUCAAGAAAAAAGAGUUACAUGGUGCGUAAACCCUUUCUCAAAAAUAAAAGCUACAUGGUGCAUGCAAUCUUACAUUCACAUCUGGUUUCUUAACUGAAAGGAACCUUUUGUGAUUAAAAGAAGCUUCUUACACUCAUUUGAUAGUAAAUCCUUUAAUAAGAAACAAAUAUUUGAUACGUAUAUUAAAAUUCCUCUGAUUUCUUCUUAUGAUUAGAUCGUCUAUUGUUUAAGUUUGGUAAAAGAAACAAUCGUAAAAUCAAUAUGUGCUAACAUUUUUGACCAAAAAAAAUAUAAGCUAACUCUAGGAAGUUGAUUUUUGAAUCUAUUAUGUGCUUUACGUCUUACGAUUAAGGUGAAUAAUUUUUGUUUAGACUUUUUUUUGUUAAAUGUAUGAUUAAAUAAAAGAAAAUAUCGCAAAAUCAACAAGUUAUAACACUAGGAAGUUGAUUUUUUUUUUUUUUGAAACUGGCCUUAGGAAGUUGAUUUUUGAAUCUAUUAAAUGCUUUACGUUGUACAAUUAAGGUGAAUACAUUUUUGUUGAGAAUUAAUUUUUUGUUAAUUGUGUGAAUGGAACAAACUUGAUAAAUAUAUGUGAAGUGAUGUAUUAGUUAUAUGUGAAACUGAUGUAUUAGUUAUAUGUGAACUGAUGCCAUUUACAAUUUUUCUAAUUCACGUUAAAAUUCAAAAAAUUAAAUUUCAACACGCAAGAAUAUACUCUCUCCGGAUACGAAUGUAUGAUGUUCUAUCUUUUUAUUUUGUAUACAAAUUUAUGAUGUUUUGAGAUAUAAUUAAUGUAUUUAUCUUUAAAAUUUAAACAUAAAUUAAAAAGUAAAAUUAUGAGUGGUGAAACUUUAUUGAUAUAACCAAAAAGUAAUAAUUAAAAUAGUGUAUUUAUUGUUUCUUUGUAUGUGUGUAAAACCUUAAACAUCAUACAUUAAGGAGUAUAUGUUUUGUUGUCAUCAGCAUAAAAAAAUAUACAUAUAUAUAUAUGUGUGUUAGAAUCAAUCUAUAUAUGGCUAUUAAGUUAAAGAUUCGGUCCAUCAUUUUUUUAGUGACAAAAUUUAUCGAAAGGUGUGUUUGUAUUUGAUUAAUUAUAUAUAUAAGCUUUACAGUAAACCAAACAACUAAUACUAUGAUAGGUCAUGAGUGAAAAGUCAGAUUCCGAUGAAAAUCAUACCGUAUCAAUUUUCUAAAAUAAGAUUAAUUAACCGCUAACAAUACACUAUUUUAUCAAUCAUUUAAAAACAAUAUGGAAAAUUCCACCUAAAAGUCGACGAACGUGAAAACCAAAAUGGUGAUACUCGGCUGAAAAUGGCAUCAUAUAAUAAAGUCUUUUUAUCAACGAACAAAAGACGGCGAACGUGAAGCAUUCGUGUUUUACUAAAAGCAAAUCGUAUUUUUAUAAAUAACGCCAAAAACCAAUGACUUAUCACACGACCCAAAUGUGGAGCCCAUCUGUGUAUAGUUGUAAUUCUUUUCUGUUUAAUAUAGAUUAAUAUCAUCCAAAAUAAAUAAAGCAUCGUGACCUUAUAAUUUUGUAAACAUACGCACGAUUGGGAUGUUAUAUAAAUCUUAAGAAAUUAAAAUUUAUUGUUUAAUAUCAUAUAAAGUAUAUAAUAUGAUAGUGUGGACAUCAAUUGGUAUAGGCUUUAGAAUUUAAAUAAACCUGGAAUAUAUUACUAAGCACAAAUAUUAGUAGCCAUGCCUUUGUAGUAUAUACUUUAUAGGGUAUACGUUUGUGCAUAAAAUAUCUAUAUUGGGAGGUUAUUAAGUGAGUAUCACACUAUUUAUUAGAAAAACAACAAUAAAAAUAUAUAGAGAAAGAUAGUAAGUGUUUUUAAGAUACUCAGGAGAACUUCGUAAUGUAUUUGUCUCUCAUAAAUUGAUUCGAUAUGUUUAAAAAUUUAAGGGAACCUUAAUUUUAUACUUACAGUACUAUAUUAGAAUAAUAUAUUUGUUUGAAAUACUCUAUAUUUCAUGAAUGAAAAUCCUCUAAUAAAAUAAUGCAAAAACAAAUGAGUUAUAAGCAAUUUAGGAAUUUACAUCGCUAAAAAGUAUAUUCUUACAAUAAAAGUCAAGAUAUAUAGCAUAAUAGUUUGUUCAUGCGUCGUUAUUAUGUCACCAUCCAUAUUCAAAUUGGAUAUAAUACAUUUUGACGAAACAGAAGAAAGAAAUAAUUACUAUGGUACGACUAAUCUGCAAGUUGAAUAGAAUAAAUACGAAUCAGAAUAUUCAAUAAUCAUUACGAACCAGAAUAUUCGGACUUAAGAUUAUUUAAGCAUUAAUGAUCGAUGAUGGGAGUAUCAAACUUUAGUUGAUGAAAAUAUAGACAUCAAGGAACCAGAGGCAGCAAAUCGGUUCAUUGUGCUAAAGUGGGGACCUUUCUAGUGUGCAUUAAUUCUAAAUGAAGAAAUAGAAGAUUGAUUACCUAAAUUUUAAAAGUAAUUAUUUUUUUCUUAAAAAGAAUAAUAGAAGUUGGUCAUAUAUAUGUUAUAAUAUGUCAUAUUAUGAUAUUUAAAUUCAAAUUCCAUUCUCACGAGAAUUUUUAAAGGAAAAUAUUUUUUUAAAGGAAAGUAUUUCCGAAACUCGCAUCCUUUCAAAGCAUCUAAAGUCUCGAAACCUUCCUAUGGAUGGAGAAAAAUUAUAGCUGCAAAAGAUCUGAUAACUAAAGAAUUUGGACGCACAAUCGGAACAGGAGAACAUACACUCAUAUGGCAUGACCCGUGGCUACCAGAUAGGAUCACAAGAUCACCUAUUACGCCACAAGUCUAUGAUCCUAAUAUGAAAGUCUCUGAUCUGAUCGAUCCAGUGAAGAAGGAUUGGGAUUCUACUAAACUCAAGGGCUUUCUAGACCCACACGACAUUCCAAUGGUGCGAAGUUUACACCUCAGUAAAAACCUCAUUCAUGAUGGAUGUAGUUGGAACUUAUCGAUAUCAGGCAAAUACUCGGUCAAAUCGGUAUACAUGCUUGCAAGAUAAAAAAAAUAAAUAGCAAAUCUGAUUUCCUUAAUCAGCUACCGUCCCUUCUAUAUUAUUAAAACAGAAGUACAAAUAUAAAAUAACCCUUAGUUUUUCAACUUAUUUACAAUGGUAUGCCGCUGAAGUUAUUAAUUAACCUAACUUUUAGGAUUUUUUCUCUUUUCCUCUUUAAUUAAUACAUUUCCAAAAUCAAAUUCUAACUAAAAAAUAUGGCAACAAUAAUUAAUAAACCUAGCUUGUAGUAUUAUUUGUCUUUUCCUAUUUUAUUAU